AACAAAACAAAACAAUCUCCAAACUCAGUGUCUCACAGAAACCACACUCUCCUGUUCUGUUCUGAUGUUCAGCUCUUACAGUGCUUCUUCAAGCACCAACCUUUCACCUCACUUCCUCCCCAAAUCACCAUUAACGAAGAACACUAGAAACAUAAUUAGAACCCUCUUCACUGGUCACUCUAAUUCUAAAGCCACUGUUUCACUUUUCUCAUCUGUUAUUCAUGGAAGGGGACCACAGUGGAGAAUACCCAGUUGCCAUUUCAACGGUUAUGAUGGCAACAAUGGCAAAGAUGGAAACUUUGGGGAAGAAGAUGAAAAGGGUCGUAAUGGAGAGCGUGAGUGUGAGGUUCAGUGUGAGGUGCACGUGGUUUCAUGGAGGGAACGCACAAUAAAAGCUGAAAUCUUUGUCAAUGCUGACACUGAAUCCCUUUGGAAUGUUCUCACCGAUUAUGAGCAUCUUGCUGAUUUCAUACCCAACCUUGUCUGCAGUGGGAGAAUUCCAUGUCCAUAUCCUGGGAGGAUAUGGUUAGAGCAAAGGGGGUUCCAAAGAGCAAUGUAUUGGCAUAUUGAAGCACGUGUUGUCUUGGAUCUUCAAGAAUUUAUCCGUUCAGCAUGGGAUCGAGAACUUCGCUUUUCCAUGGUUGAUGGAGACUUUAAGAAGUUUGAUGGAAAAUGGUCUGUAAAAUCUGGAACAAGGUCAUCAACUUCUAUUCUAUCUUAUGAAGUUAGUGUGAUACCAAGAUUCAAUUCCCCAGCUAUUUUAUUGGAAAGGAUUAUCAGAUCCGAUCUUCCUGUGAACCUUCGAGCUUUGGCUUACAGAGCUGAAAGGGAUUUUAUGCAGAGUCAGAAGCUUUCACUCCCAGAAACUUCUAUGGCUAUUGGUUCAUUCAUAAAAAAGAUAAAUGGUACUUUGCAUGAAGGUGAUAGGUUGUCACCGGCAAACAACAAAGAAGUAUUCACCAGCGCAAUUUCUCCUUCCUCGCCUGUAUCUUCCAAUGAGGUGGUCGGAAACUGGGGCAUAUUUGGAAAAGUUUGCAGGCUCGAUAGGCCUAGCAUGGUGGACGAAGUUCAUCUCCGCAGAUUCGAUGGCCUUCUGGAAAAUGGAGGCGUCCAUCGCUGUGUUAUUGCAAGCAUUACGGUUAAAGCUCCUGUUUGUGAAGUAUGGAAUGUUCUGACUGCCUAUGAGAAACUACCUGAGAUCAUUCCAAAUUUAGGAAUCAGUAUGAUUUUAUCGCGAGAUAACAAUAAAAUCCGCAUCCUUCAGGAAGGGUGUAAAGGCCUUCUUUAUAUGGUGCUUCAUGCUCGAGUCGUAUUAGAUUUGUGUGAAAAUUCAGAGCAAGAGAUAAGUUUUGAACAGGUUGAAGGGGAUUUUGAUUCGUUCCAAGGAAAAUGGAUUUUUGAACAACUAGGAAAUCAUCACACACUGCUGAAGUACUCUGUGGAUAUAAAAAUGCACAAAGAUACUUUCCUUUCGGAGGCUAUCAUGGAGGAGGUCAUUUUUGAAGAUCUGCCAUCCAAUUUGUCAGCAAUAAGAGACUAUGUUGAGAACAGAAAUGGAUUGAAAACUUCAGAAGCUAGUGGGAAGAAUACAAAUUCAGGGCAACAAAUUGCUUCGUCUGGUUUUGAAAAGGACGAAGACAAUGUUCAAAGUUCAUGUCAGCAAAGGCCGAAAGUUCCAGGCUUACAAAGGGAUAUCGAAAUACUGAAAUCCGAACUUGUGAAGUUCAUUGCAGCACAUGGACAAGAAGGGCUUAUGCCAAUGAGGAAGCAUCUUCGUUUACACGGAAGAGUUGAUAUUGAGAAGGCUAUCACUCGCAUGGGUGGAUUCAGAAAGAUUGCAACCAUCAUGAAUCUUUCCUUGGCUUACAAACAACGAAAACCAAAGGGUUACUGGGACAAACUUGAAAAUUUGCAGGAUGAGAUAAGUCGAUUUCAAAGGAAUUGGGGAAUGGAUCCUUCAUUUAUGCCAAGCAGAAAGUCAUUUGAACGUGCAGGUCGGUACGAUAUUGCUCGUGCACUGGAAAAAUGGGGUGGACUUCACGAGGUUUCUCGGCUUCUGUCCCUGAAGGUGAGACAACAUCGAAGCCGACAUGACGAUAGCCUUGUUGAGAAGGGUAAGAGAGUUGAUAAUGUAGAUGAUGGUGAUUUGGAAACACCAUCUAAACCAUGUAUAUAUCAAGAUACACAUAAGUGGCUUACAAAACUAAGACAGUUGGACAUAAAUUGGUUUGAAUAACAUGAUCACACAGUAUUGCUUUA